GAGAGAAAAUCGGUGGCUCAGAUUAUGAGAGAUAAAAAGAAACAAACAUCUUUGACUUUACAAUGGCUAGAAGAGAACUACAGUAUCUGUGAGGGUGUGUGUCUACCAAGAUGUAUUCUCUACGCUCACUAUCUGGAUUUCUGUCGCCGAGAGACACUGGAACCGGCUUGUGCUGCUACGUUUGGAAAGACAAUUCGACAGAAGUUUCCUCACCUCACAACAAGAAGAUUGGGAACUAGGGGACAUUCAAAGUAUCAUUAUUAUGGUAUUGGAAUCAGAGAAACUAGUCAGUAUUAUCAUUCUGUUUAUUCUGGUAAAGGUCUCACUAGGUUUUCUGGAGCAAAGUUAAAGAAUGAGGGUGGUUUUACGAGGAAAUAUUCUCUGAGUUCUAAAACUGGAACUUUAUUGCCAGACUUCCCCAAUGCAGAGUUCCUGAUUUUACCCUUAACACUUUCCAGAGAAAAGAUAGAAACGUUUAUUAUGAUGUAUAAAACACACUGUCAAUGUAUUUUAGAUACAGCUAUCAAUUCUAAUUUUGAAGAGAUCCAGAAUUUCUUGUUACAUUUCUGGCAAGGUUUACCAGAACAUCUGCUCCCCCUGGUGGAUAAUGACGUAGUGAUUGAUAUUAUCUGUGUUUGUGAUUCAAUACUAUAUAAGGUGCUUACCGAAGUCCUCAUUCCAUCAACAAUGCAAGAAAUGCCAGAAACUUUAUUAUGUGACAUCAGAAAUUUCGCCAAACAUUGGGAAAGUUGGAUCUCAUCUGCUCUCGAGAAUCUUCCAGAACAAUUGUCAGAUGCUAAACUUCCGGUUGCCCGACGUUUUGCUCAAUCUUUAAAACGUCAGACCUCAUUUCUUCAUCUGGCACAGGUGGCUCGACCAGUACUGUAUGAUGCUGAACUAGUUAACCAAAUGAUUGAUGACGUGGAAAGAAUAGAUCUGAAUUCCAUUUCUAGUCAGGUCGUUUGUAACCAGUCCGACUGCGACCAAGAUCUAGAACUUAAUACUGAAUUUUUAAAGGAAUUUAAAGAGAUAUUAAGAAAACAGGCGACGGUUGAAGCUUUUACAGAAUGGUUGGAUAUAGUGGUAGAACAAAGGGUAAUCAAGCCAAGUAAACAGAAUGGUAAAUGUUUUAGAAAGAGGGCUCAAGAUUAUUUGUUAAAAUGGUCGUUUUUCGGGGCCAGGGUAAUGCAUAACCUCACUUUAAACAAUGCCACGGGUUUUGGUAAGUAUUAUAACUCAUGUAGAUAG